AUGAGGUCACCCUAUUUCCCAGCGAGGUCGGUGCUUUUUCAUAAAGAGCCAAACGGAGUGACGUACAGAGUCCCAGCACUGCUCUACUUGUCACACUCCAGGUCCUUUCUGGCCUUCUGUGAGGAGAGACUCAGCCCAUCUGACUCCCAGGCUCACCUGCUGGUCAUGAGGAAAGGCACGUUCUACAGAAACUAUGUAGAGUGGGAGGACAUGCGUGUCCUGGGCACUGCUUUCCUGACAGGCCACCGGUCCAUGAACCCGUGCCCGGUGUAUGACGAGUUCACAGGCACCCUCUUCUUGUUCUUCAUCGCUGUUCUGGGCCACACCUCGGAGUCCUAUCAGCUGGUGACGGGCAAGAACGUGACCCGACUCUGCUACAUCUGCAGCACAGACGACGGAGACACCUGGACUGCUGUCACCGAUCUUACUAAGAGAGUCAUAGGAGACACUAUUAAAGAAUGGGCCACCUUCGCUCUCGGUCCGGGCCAUGGUAUCCAGCUGAAGUCAGGUCGCCUGCUCAUUCCCGCCUACGCUUACCACAUCGAGUGCAAAGAGUGCUUCGGACACCUCUGCCAGACCAUUCCCCACGCCUUCUGCUUUCACAGUGACACCCAUGGGAGAACUUGGCGAUUCGGGGAGGCGGUGCCGGGCCCAGAGAGUGUGGAGUGUCAGAUGGUGUCUGUGGAUGAAGAGGAUGGGACUAAUGUGUUGUACUGCAAUGCCCGCAGCCCUCUCGGCUACAGGGUGCAGGCCCUCAGUCUGGAUGAUGGAGCUGUGUUUCAGGAGGGGCAGCUGGUGCAGCGGCUGGUGGAGCCUCGAAAUGGUUGUCAUGGUAGCACUGUUGGAUUUCCUGCCCCAUUACAUCUAUGCCAAAGUCUUAACCAUCACUUACACCAACCUAUACACCGCUCCAGACACAGGACGUCCUGCAUGACUCACUCUAAUCACACCACCUCUCCCUCUCCAAACAUCACUUCUGCUUCCACCAGCCCUUUGUCACCCAAUCACAGUGCCCCUCCAGAUUUCCUCACCCCCACCUGGGUAGUGUACUCCCACCCAACAUGGACAACUGCACGCAGGGAUCUGGGCGUAUUCCUCAGCUUAUUUCCCCGUGACCCAGACAGCUGGCGUGGCCCCUGGGUGAUCUACGAGGGCCCCAGCGCCUACUCUGACCUGGCCUAUCUGGAGCUGCCUCCCUCACCUGGGGCACCACCCGCCGUGGCCUUCGCCUGCCUGUUCGAGUGUGGUACUAAAACAGCCUACGAUGAAAUCUGCUUCAGCAUCUUCACCCUGUACGAACUCAUUGAUAAUCUGCCUCGAGAUGUGCAGCUGGGAAAUGACGGCGACGAGUGUGAAAGACAGCAGAGACAGGAAUCUGACGCAGGUCGGUGUAGUGGACAUGAUGCUCAAAGAACACCAAUUCUCCAACAGGUGCCUCACGUGAAGAAGAGGAGAAAGAAGAGCAAGUUGACUGAGAUGUGCUCUGUGUCUUAAAAGCUUGUAAUAGAGUUAUAGUUUCUUCCAAUAAUUGCCUUAUAUACACCGCAUCCACCAUGUAUUACAGAAUAUCAUAGAAUAUUUACAAGAGAGAUUGUUCUUAUGAGUAAUGUAGGUUUUGUAGUGUUACUCAGCUGAUUUCAGUUACAUUAACUGCAACCAAAUCAGACUCAGAAGUGAUGGAAAAGCCUUGUACAUAUUUGAGGUUUUUGUUUUUUGCUGAUCAUCUGUCCAUUAUGAUUUGAUAGAACACAUGAGGAGUCAUUAAAAUUUUCCAAACCCUUAAUUUUUUUUCUCCAUUAUUGGUAGUAUUUUGUAAGUAAUUCUGGUUAAAGCUGAAAUCAUUAUUAGAUUAAUCAAAUAUUUGAUCGACAGAAAAAUAAUUCAGUUUCUCCAGUGUGAGGAUUUGCUGCUUUUGAACCGAGUAUCUCUGUGCUUCGGACUGUUGGUCGGACCAAUCGCAACAUUUGAACGCACGACUUUAGACUCUGAGGAAUUGUGAUCGUGAAAAUAAUACGCCACAUUCAUCAGUAGUGAAAGAAUCAUUAACUGCAGCCCUAAUGACGAUUCAAACUGGAGCCAAACAAAGCAAUUUAAUAGGAAAACAAGAAACUAAUCACACUAUCAGAAGCAGAUUUAUGCCCGUGAAUUACCAGGUUUGGGAGUCAGUUGCUGCUUUGCAAAACAUGGAGGAACAUCCAAUAUAUUUCUGAAAGACAGACAUCCACUUGAUCGGCCAUUUUAAGAAUUCCCAGAGCUUAUUCUCCAAUUUCCUCUUCCUCUUUCAUUGGUUAUCAAGAUAACUUAGCCAGUGUCUCUGGGCUAAACACAGACAACGAUAGUCGACAGAACUCUCACUGCAAGAUGCAACAUUUGUGCAAAUUAUGGUGACACUGCUUUGUAAACUGUUUUCAAGGUCAAGAAACAAAGGAGAAAUAUGUCUUUCCAC